UGUUUUUUUUUUAUUGCGCGACAUUUGGCGAUUUCUAUUUUUGGUUGCUACAAAAACAGCAACAACAACAAUAGAGGGAAUCAACAAAAACAAAGCGUCAGAGAUAAAUAUAACCGAGAUUCAUCAACCUAAUAACAUCAACAAUAACAUCAAUUGCGGUCAGUGCAACAUGUGUCAGUAAUUUGUUGGUCACCGGUCAAGCAUGCGAAGGGAAAUGGAACUGGAAUUGGAAAACUAUGUACAGUCAGCGCCCACUAAUAAACGCUUUGUGGUGGAGGAUUCAUUUACCAAAGUGACCUCCGAUGGCGAACCGCACUGCAUGAUGACCAUGGUGGCUGGUUUAGCGGGUCUGCUGGCGGCCGUCAUCAUUUUGGCGGUGCUUGUCUCCAUGGUGGCAUGUCGCAAGCAAAAAAAACAGUGCAGCAACAGCACAACCGACAGGGAGCAGGACGUGGCCAUGAAGGGUGUGCCCCAGAUAUCAACGCUAGCCGGCAAUCUGAAUGCAGCAUUUGCCGAAAGCACCUUAAGCUUGAGUGGCACGUGCAAGGCAACAGAUGAUUGUAGACAGGGCCAGGGGCAGGGGCAGCAACAAGAGACAUGGCCAACCGCCGUUGUGGUGCAGCGGUAUUAGGAAAGCAAAUAGAGCGAAUGCAGGGAGAGCCGGG